AUGGCUCGAACGUUGAUUGUCGUACUGAUUGUCUUCGCUCUCAUAUUCACAUUGUGUAUGAUUAAUGUUUCUGGUGAUAGUUGUGGUCUACCAUCAGCUACAUGUUCUACUCAAGGAGUGACCGGAUGCAUUGAAAAAUGCAGAACAUGUGGAUAUGCAACUGGUUAUUGUAAAAGAAAAUGGUUGUUUUGGUCAAAAUGUAAAUGUUCUAUGCAUAUACACUAA